AUGAGACCAGCGAGACAAGGAAUGAUUUUCAGCGGCGGCUCCGAUAAAGUCAUCUUUGCAUUCGAUCCAACGCAGUCUGCAGAUUCAGAACCGUACCGCUUGCUUUUAGGCCAUUCAGAUAACGUUUCUUCCCUUUUUCUGGAUGGAGACACCCUUAUUUCCGGCUCGUGGGACAAGUAUUUUGCUGCGAUUUGGAUUCACAAUUAG